UGUAGAGUAGUGUAAAUGUAUGGAUAAUGGAGAAAUCAGGGUUGUGCUGUUCAUGUACCUAAUUGCAAUGGCACUGCCCAUUGGUGAGUACAAGAGCUUCAAAAAUUUCCCCUCCAUUAUUGGAGUUUUGUGAUUGAAGAGGACUUGAAGAAUUUGAAGAGGAAAGAGUGGUGUGGUCCAAAGAAUUUGAUCGCAAAGUAGCAAGAAAAUGUCAGGAGAGGAAGUUUGGUCAUCAAAUGAAGAAGAGUAUAACAAACCUCAGCCUCCAUUUGGUAACAAGAGUGGCUACGAUUCAAGAACAGGCAUUUAUCACUCUCUAGUUAAGCUUGACACCAAGCAUGAACUCCCAACAAAGCUUGACCUCAACACUGCCAAUUUUGUGCUGUCACAGUUUCCACAAGCAGGCCUUGCUGAGGCAAGAAUUGCAUUCAUUGAUUCGAGUACUAAUAGGAGUGUAAGCUAUGCUGAGCUAAGACAAUCUAUUUACUCUCUUGCAUCAGCUUUGUUCCAUGGACUUGAGGUUAGGAAAGGAGAUGUGGUGCUUGUGUUAUCGCCAAACUCAAUCUUGUACUCAGCCAUAUGCCUAGCUGUGUUAUCAGUUGGAGCAGUUCUCACCACUGCCAACCCCAUCAACACUGCCUCAGAAAUCGCCAAGCAAGUGCGCGAUUCGGGUGCUAAACUAGCCAUCUCAGCUCCUGAGGAGCUACACAAGUUGAUCCCAACUGGGGUUCCUACAAUUCUCACAUCUCGUUCUUCUGAUGGCAAGAUGUUAUCAGUUGAAGAGUUGAUAGAGGGCUGUUAUGGUUCACCAGAGUUUUUGCCACAUGUUCCUGUGGCUCAAUCAGACACUGCUGCUAUACUUUACUCUUCAGGUACCACAGGAGUAAGCAAGGGUGUGGUUUUGACACAUGCAAAUCUCAUUUCCAUAAUGAGACUACUCUGGUGGUCUGCUGAUGUCAGUGCAUCACAAGAUGAUGUUUUCUUGGCCUUCAUUCCAAUGUUUCAUGUCUAUGGACUUGUGUUCUUUGGAUUUGGAUUGUUGUGCGUUGGCGUCACAACAAUUUUGAUGCAGAAGUUUGACUUGCCGGCUAUGCUUGAUGCAAUCCAGAAGCACAAGGUUAACAACUUACCAGCAGUGCCACCAGUGAUCCUUGCACUAGUGAAACAUGCAAGCAAAAUUAGGUGUGACUUGUCAAGCCUAAGAAGGGUGGGGUCAGGUGCUGCACCUUUGAGCAAGGAAGUGGCACAGGAUUUUAGGAGGAUGUUUCCUUGGACUGAACUAAGGCAAGGUUAUGGACUAACAGAAAGUUGUGGUGGAGCAACAUUUUUUGCCUCAGAUAAAGAUGCUAAGGCUCAUCCAGAUGCAUGUGGGAGGCUGCUCCCAACUUUUUGUGCAAAAGUGGUGGACACUGAAACGGGGAAGCCUUUGCCUCCUAACAAAGAAGGAGAGUUAUGGUUCAAAAGUCCUACUAUUAUGAAAGGAUAUCUAGGAAAUUUGGAGGCAACAACUGCAACCCUUGAUUCAGAAGGUUGGUUGAUGACUGGUGAUCUUGGUUACAUUGAUGAGAAUGGAUUUGUUUACAUAGUUGAACGGAUAAAAGAGCUAAUCAAGCACAAUGGAUAUCAGGUGGCUCCCGCAGAACUGGAAUCUGUGCUGCUAAGUCAUCCCCUUAUAGUUGAUGCAGCAGUUAUACCGGUUGAAGAUGAAGAAACUGGACAGAUACCAAUGGCAUAUGUGGUGAGAGCAGCUGGUUCUAAACUCUCAGAAGAUCAAGUCAUUCAAUUUGUUGCAGGCCAGGUGGCUCCAUAUAAGAAAGUGAGAAGGGUGAGUUUCAUUGACACUAUUCCAAAGUCAGCUGCUGGCAAGAUAUUGCGCAAGGAUCUUGUUUCUCAAAGCAAAUAUCAACUUGUCUCCAAGUUAUGAGUAACAUUUAUAAAUGAUAGUAAUCCAGAAUGUUUUACUUGUUGGUCCUAAGGGUCUCAAUUUUCCAUUGUGUAAAACUAGUAUAAACGGAUUUGGUAAAAAGAAGAGAAGAAUAGACUCACCAGACACAGUGAAAUCAGAAUUCAACUGUGACUCAAUAAAUACUUCUUUAAUAAAGAAUAUUGGCCUUUGUGGUUUUGAUCUUAUUGUGAGUUCGUAAUUUUGUAUUGUUUUGUUGCCUUUUGAGGCUUUGAUUGCCUGUAGCACUACAUUUGUAUUUAAGUUAUAGAUAAAUAUUAAGUUUGAAA